GAGGCGCUGUGAGCACCAACUGAUUUAUUUACUUCCGGGAUAAUCAGGGGAUGAAGUUAAAGCGUCUGCACCCAUAGCGACGAAUAAAACCAGCAUAGAGGGCAAUGGGGCCAGAUGGGGCCCCGAGCCAGUCUGUGCCCUGGCGGAAGGUGCUGUGGGAACGGCAGCCGUUUCCUGACAACUACGUGGACCAGAGGUUCCUGGAGGAAUUACGGAGGAAUGAGGGAAUCCGGCAGUACCGCUACUGGGCCGUAGUGAAGGAAGCAGGCUUUGUGGGACAGCAGCUGUCCUGUGUGGCCAUUUUUAUCACCCUGUGGCUCUACAUGGAGCAGGGUCUCCUUGCUCCUGAGACAUUGUUUUGGACCAGUCUCACAUGUGCCCUCCUGGGUUAUGGACUGUACCAAGCAUUGACCUCUCAGACUGAAUCCUGCAGCGACCACCGCACACAUUUGGCGGAUUCACAGAGCGCCGCCCUGUUCCUUUCCUUCACCUUCGGCUUCUCGCCAGUUCUCAAAACGUUAACAGAGUCUGUUAGCACGGACACUGUGUACGCCAUGUCAGCUCUGAUGCUGUUGGCCCACCUGGUGUCGUUUCCCUACGCCCACCCCUCCCCCCCGGGCAGCCUCUCUUUGAACGCUGCGUUGUUUGCCUCUGUGUGCUUGGCCUCGAGGUUACCUGGUGCUCUGCACACCUUCGCCAUGCUCACCUGUGCACUGCUAGUGUUCGCCCUGUGGCCUUGUCUGCUCCAGAGGAUAAGGGCGAAUGCGCCCGGCCAGUUUACUGGGGUGUGUGUAGGAGUGUGUGUCGGAGGAGUAGGGGGUCUGGGAUCGCAGUCACUUGGGGGAGCUGUGCUCUUAUCCCUGGCCUUAGUGAGUGUCACUUUAAUCUGUCCCCUCCUGUUGGUCAGGCUGCAAAGGCACAAGGACAACAUCCACGGGCCGUGGGAUGAGGCUGAGAUUCACGAGGACCUCAGCCGCUUCCUCCACUGAAGUACAGAGCAAACUAAGCUAGUUAUGAGCAAACUGGCAAUUGGCUAAUUUUACACCACUCCUGUUUGUACUGUAUGUCUUUUCUGACAGAUUUUCUCAAUGGUCUGUUUGGACAGCCACAGCAAACUGUGCUUUCCACAGAUGGUUCCUAAUGAUAACGCUGCUACUGUUUUCUAAGCACAAAAGCUAUGAAUCAGUGUGCUGGGCUGACCUGAACUACCGAACAAUAUGAAGCCCUGCACCAAGUUUUUAAUGUUCUGAGUUUUAAGGACUUCUAUUAUAUAUAGGCAUAAGGGCUUUGAUUACCUGGAUUAUUUUACUUCAGUUGGGUAAACCUCAUGAUGUACUGAGAAUAAUUUUUCUAUCUGGGCUGGAGUGAUGCUGUGUGUUACUUAUGGUGGAAGUUUUAGCUCGGUUUUAACAUGAUUUUAACUUUAUUUGCUUUAGAAUGUGGUACUAAAGAAGUGCUCUAAAAAAAAAUCAGCCUGCCAAAAACUAGAAAAAUCCAUUCUUCUUUGACAACUCAGUGCUUCAAAGUUGCACUAAGUACCAAAGUCCAAGUUGUGCAAGUUGUUACUCUCGGGAGAAGACUCCAAGUUGUUGUUUUAACAUAUCUCCAAGUUGUUGGGUUCAUAUCUGUUGUUCAUUCAGGCUCCUGUAACAAAGAACUAGACUUCAUCAGGCGAGGGUCAUUUUACUCCUUCAUCAUUUCAAACAAAAAGACCUUGCAACAUUUUUGCCAAAUUUAUUUAAUUACAGAAACAUUAAUGUUUGAGCUCUUUGUUUUAGACUACCCCUAACCCUUACCCGUUUUUAGAAAUGUUGGCAACCUUUUAGACAUCUUAAGAGUUUAGGUAUGGCCUACUCUGGGUAGGGAAUACUCGGUUUGUUUUUACAGUUAGUAAUGCUAUCCACACACUACUGGUCAAAAUAGGAUGCUAAAGAACGUUAACAAUUUUAUAACUCCAAAUGUUAUCUUUGUUUUAAAAUAUUAUUUUAAAAAAGCACAGCACAAUUUGCCUCUUUUUCUUAUGUGAAUAAUUAAUCACUGUAAAAUAAAGGGCGGAAAUCUUUUUAAAAACCACUAUCAAUGUUGCAGUUUUUUAUUUUUUUAGGGAAAGGUCAAGUUCUUCACCUAUUAGUUACAAUAAUGUGAGCCAUUAUUUAUAUAAACAGGACUUCUGUUUUUAUAUCGGACUGCUUAGCUAGGCAAAGGUUAUAUUUAGCUUAUUCAGUCCCUGAUGAGCAGAAAGUCAGCCAUGUUGAUUUAAAAGACAGUGACGUCAGCUUUUUGCAAAUUCCAAACAGCUGUUUGGCUAAUUGAAAUAUCUCGCAUAAAAGUGACUUUUUAUUGCCAAAUUUAAUCUUAUAUUGAGUAAACUGAUCAAACAUUAUGUUACUGACUUUUACUGUUGUUUAAUGUUCGUUUUAAAAAAAAAAAAAAAAUAGUGGGUCUAAAUAAAGUACAAAUCAGCAAGACAAGGUUUUUUUUUUUUUUUUGUCAUUUUACCUUUCAGUGCGGUUGUAAGAGGCAAUGUGUUACAAUGUGUUGGUGGGUUGUUUUUUUUUAGCUGUCAGUUAUGAAUUGCAUGUUCUGCUAACUUGAUAAAGAACUUGAAUGCAGCACCAGUAGUGCGCUGUGGUCGGUA